CGCCCCUCCCCGUGCGUCACGGAGCGCUUAAGAGGUGGGUCCCGCUCGCCCGGGGAGCCCCAGUGGCGGAGGCUGCGAAACUUGGGGGAGUGAACGAGAAGGACUGCGGGGCUCGCACGCGGGACCAAGCUGCGAUUCGGGACGCUGGUCCCGGGCAGGAGGAGCAGGACCCGGCUGGAGAUGCCCUGUAUCCAAGCCCAGUAUGGGACACCAGCACCAAGCCCAGGACCCUAUGACCACCUGGCAAGUGACCCCCUGACCCCUGAGCUCAGCAAGCCCACCAUGGACCUGGCCAGCCCCGAGGCAGCCCCUGCUGCCCCCACUGCCCUGCCCAGCUUCAGCACCUUCAUGGACGGCUACACAGGAGAGUUUGACACCUUCCUCUACCAGCUGCCGGGAACAGCCCAGCCAUGCUCUUCGGCUUCCUCCUCUGCCUCGUCCACAUCUUCAUCCUCGGCCACCUCUCCUGCCUCUGCUUCCUUCAAGUUCGAGGACUUCCAGGUGUACGGUUGCUACCCUGGCACCCUGAGCGGCCCACUAGAUGAGACCCUGUCCUCUAGUGGUUCUGACUACUAUGGCAGUCCCUGCUCAGCUCCGUCACCAUCUACACCCAGCUUCCAGCCUCCCCAGCUCUCUCCCUGGGAUGGCUCAUUUGGUCACUUCUCCCCCAGCCAGACUUAUGAAGGCCUGCGGGCAUGGACAGAGCAGCUGCCCAAGACUUCUGGGCCUCCACAGCCACCGGCCUUCUUUUCCUUCAGUCCCCCCACUGGUCCUGGCCCCAGCUUGGCCCAAAGUUCCCUGAAGUUAUACUCCUCGCAGGCCACCCACCAGCUGGGGGAGGGAGAGAGCUAUUCCCUGCCAGCUGCUUUUCCAGGCUUGGCACCCACUUCCCCGAACCUCGACAGCUCAGGGAUGCUGGAUGCACCCGUAACUUCAGCCAAGCCCCGGAGUGGCGUCCCAGGUGGAAGUGAGGGCCGCUGUGCUGUGUGUGGGGACAACGCCUCCUGCCAGCAUUACGGGGUCCGUACUUGUGAAGGCUGCAAGGGCUUCUUCAAGCGCACAGUGCAGAAAAGUGCCAAGUACAUCUGCCUGGCAAACAAGGACUGCCCUGUGGACAAGAGGCGGCGGAACCGCUGCCAAUUCUGCCGCUUCCAGAAGUGCCUGGCUGUGGGCAUGGUGAAGGAAGUUGUCCGGACAGACAGCCUGAAAGGCCGACGGGGCCGGCUACCUUCAAAACCUAAGCAGCCCCCAGAUGCCUCCCCUGCCAAUCUCCUUACCUCCCUGGUCCGGGCACACCUGGACUCUGGGCCCAGCACUGCCAAACUGGACUACUCCAAGUUCCAGGAGCUGGUGCUGCCCCGCUUUGGAAAGGAAGACGCCGGUGACGUACAGCAGUUCUAUGACCUGCUCUCUAGUUCCCUGGAGGUUAUCCGCAAAUGGGCUGAGAAGAUCCCUGGCUUUGCUGAGCUGUCCCCAGGUGACCAGGACCUGCUGCUGGAGUCAGCCUUCCUGGAGCUCUUCAUCCUCCGCCUGGCCUACCGGUCUAAGCCGGGUGAAGGGAAGCUCAUCUUCUGCUCAGGCCUCGUGCUGCACCGGUUGCAGUGUGCUCGUGGCUUCGGUGACUGGAUUGACAGCAUCCUGGCUUUCUCACGGUCCCUGCACAGCUUGGCUGUUGACGUCCCUGCCUUUGCCUGUCUCUCUGCUCUCGUCCUCAUCACUGGCAUGGUGGCACACAUACAUGUAAUCCCAGCACUUGAGAGGCUGAGACAGGAGGAUCGAAUAUUCCAGCUCAUCCUGGGCCGCCUAUGGAAUCUAACUUGGACCACCUAGUGAGACUCUGUCUCAAAAAAAUAAAAAUAAACUAAAAAUGAAAACUACAGAUCUCCCUGUUAAUUGUACAACGUACAGGAAAAUGCACACAUGAUGAAUGUUUAAAAACCACAUUUGUAUAACCAGCCCUUUGGUCAAGAAACAGAGCAUGACCAGCACCCCAGAAACUCUCCUCGUACCCCACUCCCAUUACUAUCUCUCUGAGAGGUAGCCACCACUGAUUUCCGACGGCACAAACUGGUCAUAUCUCUUGGUGACUUUGUUGUGUGUGAUUUGGCAGGAUGGGCUCUGGUGUUGAAUGGAGCGGUAUUCAGAUCUCCUAUUUUACAAAGAACCAGAACAUACCCCCCACCCCCAUUUCAUUCAAAUUGCAUGGGGGACCCAGCCCUACAGAACAGAAUCAGGAGUACUAAGGGCUGGAGAGGAAGUGCUGGGGUCUGAAGUCAGCUUUCCUUGUGCUAGCUGUAAAACAAGCUUGCUUGACUCCAGGCUUCCCUGGAACAGUCUGGAAAAACCCUGGCCUAACUAGGAAACCUAGGUUAUUUCAUUUUUGUGACCUUGGGCAAGUUAUUCAUGUUCACUGGGCCUGAGUGCCUCCCUUGGAGUAUGAGGAUCGAGUGUCCCUUAUGAUGAGGCUUGAAAAUGGACUGUGGGAACACACUCUGGCCAGAGCUUGGCGGCUGCACUUGUGGAGGCCUGGGGGAAGCUGGGUCUUCUGGUGGCUGGUCCUCGCU